CAAAGAAAUAGAUUUUUCAACAUGGAUAAGCAUCAUCGCGUUUCGCCAAAACGAAGUGUAUACGAACAAUUUAGAGAUCGUAGAACAUCUCCAGCAACGUCAAGAAAAUUAUCAACGUUUUAA